AUGUUAUCUUUGAUUUUCAUCCCAAUUUGCUUGGCCUUGGGAGCCUCAGCUACCAUUGACCCCGGUUAUAAUUGUCGCCCAGGUCAGAAGUGCUGGCCAUCAUCGAAAGAAUGGCAAAAAUUCAAUGCGACCAUCGAUGGCCAUUUGUACGAAACUGUUCCAAUCGCGGCCCCUUGUUAUAAAAACUCUGUCCAUUAUGAUGAAGCCGCCUGCCAGGCCGUGAAGAAUUACUAUGGUGAUAGUAUUCCGAGGGGCACACACUACGGACAGACAUACUGGUUGAAUUGGGAAACCUGUGGCGAUGCGGGAUGUGCUUUACUGGAAACCGAACCAUCAGAGCUCCUCUACAGCACAUGCAUGCUUGGGAGACUGUCAUCAUAUUAUGUGGAUGUUCGAGAUGCCUCUCACAUCUCUGCAACUCUAAGAUUUGCACAUACCCACAACAUUCGCAUCAGCGUGAAGAACACUGGCCACGACUUCUUCGGACGAUCAUCAGUUCCCAACACGCUCGCCAUUUGGACUCACAAUCUUGAUUCUAUUGCGUUCAGCCCCAAUUUCACUGCACACAACUGCCCCUUGGCCGACAGUCAGAAUGUCGGGGAGCUGGGAGCUGGAGUCAUCGCAACCGACGCAUAUCAUUUCUUCAGUUCGAAGGGAAUGGAUAUCACAGGAGGGUACGAACAAUCGGUCGGACUGGCCGGUGGGUUCGCCCAAGGUGGUGGUGUUGGGUCAUUCACAACCACCUAUGGUUUGAUGGCGGACAAUGCCGUUGAAUUCGAGGUGGUGACUGCAGAUGGAGAAGUUCGCACCAUCAAUCAAUGCAAUGAACCCGAGCUCUUCUGGGCCAUGCGUGGCGGAGGAGGCGGCACUUUUGCUGUACUCACCAAGUACCGUGUUCAAGUGUACCCUUCUCUGCCCAUCCACACAUACACCUUCACAGCCAAUUUUACCGGUGAUACGAGUGAUGCAACUCAGAACGUUGCUCUGCGCGAGAUCCUGACGGCCCAUGCGGAACAUCAGGCUGACUGGUCAGCUCAGCUUGUUACCGGCCAACUUGAGUACUUCCCAGAAAAAAUAGCGAUCUCAAUGGUAUUGCCUUAUGGCGAUAAUGGCUCAAAGUUGAGAUCAGCCAGUGCCUUAUUUGCCAAAUUCCUGAGCAACAGAACCGAUCUUUCUGUCUCUGUCAAUGACUAUACCUCUUACCCUGACUACGCCAGCUAUCUCACCGUCACUGGCGCCGAUGCCAAGGUAACGGAACCUUCGGGGAUCUUCUCUAUAUUGGCAUCGCGCUUGAUUCCCCGCUCAGUCUUUGAUGCUCCUGAAACUAUCCAUGAGCUCGUGGAGGGUGUCAUACAAGGAAUCGCAACAGCUAGAAGUCACCUGAAUCUCACUGGAACGCAAAUCGUCUUGGAAACACCAGUCUCAAAUCUCGAUAAGAAUCAGAUGUCAUCUGCGCAUCCGGCUUGGCGUAAUGCGCUCUGGCAUGUCAUUCACGUUGGAGAAUGGGCAGAGCCUUUGCAGGCUGAUAACCAGGCAAGCGUUGCAGAGGGCUUUUUGCAGGUCAUCGAGCCUUUGAAGAAAUUGAGUCCUGGUGGCGGUGCAUAUUUUAAUGAAGCACAUUACCUCGAGCCAGAUUGGGAGCAAACGUAUUUUGGAUCAAACUAUCCAAGGCUUUUGGAGGUUAAGAACAAAUAUGACCCGACUCAUAUGUUUGACUGCUGGAAGUGUGUUGGGUGGAGAGGUGAACACGAGUAA